AUGAACAGGGUUAAAGUUCUUCAGGCCUGGCUGUGGUGUGUGUCUCUUUGGUCGUCUUGGCUUUCUCACGCCGUUCCUCUGGACUGCAAAGACGAGACCGGAUCUCUCAUCCAAUGCACUUCAAUCUCUCAGGAGAAGCUUCUAGACCGCGUCAUCCAACACGCAGAGCUCAUCUACCGCGUCUCCGAAGAGUCCUGUACUCUUUUUGAGCAGAUGUUCGUCCCGUACCCUCUGCAUGUUUUGAGGAAUCAGGGAGGAACUAUGUGUCACAUCAAACCCUUCCCCGUCCCGGGAUCCAAGACUGAGAUUCAGCAGAUUUCGGAUAAAUGGCUGCUUCAUUCGGUCCUGAUGCUGGUGCAGUCGUGGAUGGAGCCCCUGAUCUAUCUGCAAACCACUCUUAAUCGUUACGACGACGCCCCCGACGCUCUGCUGAACAAGACCAAGUGGGUGUCUGAUAAACUGCUCAGCCUGGAGCAGGGGGUGGUGGUCCUCAUCCGCAAGAUGCUGGAUGAAGGGGUUCUGAUGUCGUCCGUCUUCGAGCACACGCUGGCCCCGUACGAUGAACCGUCCCCGGAGAUCCCGGAGUCCGUCCUCAGAGACUACAACCUGCUCAUCUGCUUCAAGAAGGACGCCCACAAGAUAGAGACCUUCCUCAAGCUGCUCAAGUGCCGUCAGAGCAACAAGCUCAGCUGCCUUUCCUACUAGACGUGCAUCUUCUGACAAAAGAAAAGGCUUGAAGAAUCGAAUCCUAGCUAUCAAACCUUAAAUGAGACCCCCUUAAUGUGAAAAUGAGCCCGGGGUGGCUUUAUUUAGUGUAAAGUGAAGGGAACAGAUGGAGGUUCACACCGCUCUCACACACAUCUGCACUAUUGAUUUCUGUCUUUCUCUUCUGAACUUGAGUUUGCAUGCCGUACAGACUCCACGGAUUCUUUCGGUGUCUCUCCGGGUCUCUGGUGUGUUGGCAGGAAUGUUUUUUUUUCUUCUUGUAGCGGAGAUGGUUUUACCUUUGUAUUAGUUAGAUGAAAAAGCUCUCGAUGCAGAAAUAUGCUAAUGAAGCCACAAAGCAGAUGGUAAAUGUUUGUGUGUGUGUGUGUGUGUGUGUUUGGUGUGGGCUGAGAGAUAUGUUAGGGGAAUAAAAGCUUUAUUUUAUGGAUGGAAAUGGUGGAAAUUUACAUGAGAUAUGACACGGGAUAAAAUUAUAACUACUGGAUGGCCAAAGAAUAAGAGCAACAUGAUUGAACAAUGUAAAGUGUGUCUGUAAAAAAGAAAAAAAAAAAGAUGAUUUGUGUAUAUGCAGAUUUUUUC